AUGAAAGAUGACAGAGGAGAGAUGUUUUACUCUAGAGCUUUCUAUAUAAGUGAUGAUAAAGGAAUAGUGGAUCUUCAGCAAUCCCCAGCCACUGGUGGAGACUUUCAUGGGCUUCAUCCAAUGGGACUUUUCUGGUCUCUAAAGUCAGUUACUCCACACCUCAGGUUGAUCAAGCGGGAUGUGAUGGGAAGUCCCUUUGAGAUUCACCUGGAACUCUACGGUCAGCUGGAGCUUUAUACUAAGCCAGAAAGUUCUCCUGAAGCUACUGCGUGUCUGAAAAGAUGGUAUGUGGCUCCUGAGGUCCAGAGAUUGCAAGUCCGAGAAGGGCGACUUCGGGGAGCUCUCUUCAUUCCUCCAGGUGAUGGCCCAUUCCAAGGAGUCAUUGAUCUGUUCGGGGGUAAUGGCGGCCUCACAGAAUUUCGAAGCAGCCUCCUGGCUAGUCGUGGCUUUGCAACGCUUGCUUUAGCUUUUUUUGCUUAUGAAGAUUUACCAAAGACCCUCAACUCUCUGGAUCUAAAAUAUUUUGAAGAGGCUGCUCAGUUUCUAAGCAGUCAUCCAAAAGUGUGCAAAAGUGGAGUUGGAGUCAUAGGUGUGAGCAAAGGAGCUGAGAUGGCUCUAGCCAUGGCGUCUUAUUUCCCACAGAUUGCCGCUGCAGUCUGCAUCAAUGGUCCCACGGUGAUUACCGGCAACGCUGUCAGUUACGGGGAUCUUAUCCUGCCUGGAAUUCCCUACCAAACAGAGAGAAUGCUUUUUACACCCUCUGAAGCUUAUGAAAUGUCUCGAUUAUAUGGAGACCCAACAAAACCAGAAAACCAGGCCUGUGUACUUCCAUUGGAAAAGGCCAAAGGUCCCAUCCUCUUCCUGGUGGGAGAAAAGGAUCAGAACCAUGACAGCUUACAUUUUGCCAGGAUGUCAUUAGCCAGAGCGAAAAAGUGUGGCAAGAUGGACGUGUACAUGAAGAGUUAUCCCGGAGCUGGACACCUCAUAGAACCUCCAUGUUCUCCUUUCUGUCCUGCAUCAAAAUUAUCUUCAACACAGAUUUCAAUAAUGUGGGGAGGGGAGCUUGUCCCGCACUGCCAGGCUCAGGAAAUCAGCUGGCCAAUAAUACAGGACUUCUUGCGUAGAAAUAUUCCACGCUCUAAAAAAAAUAAAUUGUAA